AUGGCGUUUCUGGAACGGAGACAGAUUGCAACGUUGUUGAUGUUCUUUGUGAUUUUGACGAUGAACCCUCUCUCGGAACAUGGGUAUUGCUUGGCAUGGAAGAAUGUGAAUGGAAAAUUGUAUAACGAAAAUGUUAUGGGAGUGAUGGCAAUUUGUGCAACAUGCUCAAUGCAAGACAACGAAAAUCCAUCAAUGUUAUUUCAAAAUUUCAUUGUGAACGAGCAGCCUCAAACUCACCGAGUAUUUUACUUGGUCACCAGUGAAGAUCAAUCAUCCACUGAAACGAUGCAAAUAGUGUUCAAUCAAAUCCUUGAUAAACCAACGAUCUUGGUAUUAUCGGGAGUGGACCACCUAAUAGCCUCCAUCAGCGUAACCUAUGAAUAUACAACUGUGAAGAGCAGUGUCUUGCAGAAUUUGAAAAAGAUCAUCGUCAACUCUCGAUUUAAAGGAUCAAUAUCCUUUAAUGACAAUCAAGUUCAAAACAGUGUUCAACUUGAAUACUUGUGUAAUGAUGAGUGCAGUAAUAACCUUUUUGUCUAUGAAAAGAAUGCUAACACAUGGGACAAUGGUGGAAAACAGUUAGAACAAGUCAUCUCACAAAGAAUUGGGUACAAUUACACCACCUAUCUUGGAGUUGAAAAGGGAGUGAAAUUUGAGUUCAGUAACGCUGCUCGAGAUUGUUCUUUCAAUGCAGAAAUAGGAGUUAUUCUAGCAGCUGUGUUGUCCACAGUGAUAGGUUGCUCAUGCUGCUGUUGCUUGUUGUCUUGUUUGUGUGGCCUUGUUACUCAAAUUGUCAAGAGGUUAUAA